ACUGAGUAGGGUACAGCUGUUGCAGUGCACAAAAGGCUUUGGGUUAUCUCUGUUGUUCUGGGGUAAGCUGACUACCCGGGCACUGUGAUGUGCCAGACGUUGCUGCUGCUUCAGCAGGAUGUGUAUGGCUGUAGGUUUUACAGGGUACUGAGGCUGGUGUGUCGUGUCUGCCGUGGGGAGUGAUCUGGUUUGUAGUACUUGCUCUCAUUAGCUGCUGGAUGCUGUAGACAAGGAGUGCAGUAGAUGCCUUUGUGGUUUCUGCUCCAGCCAUGGUGGCCACUGAUCAGAACGGAGUAUUAAGACAUGGCUUUUUCCAGUUUGUGCUGUACGGUGCUGUGAAGAUGCCCCUUCAGCAAGGGAGAAUAAAUCUCAGUAGUUCCAGUGUACAAUAGCAGCUCUGUGAGGCUUAAAUGUCAGGUAGGAUAUGCAAGUGUUGGUGUCUAGAUCCAGGCCAUUAGUAAAUUUUGCUUGGCGCCUACCACAGAUGUGACAGCUCUUAGUUGUUUGCUGGAGAGAGAUACACAUGCACAUAUAAACACAGAGUAUGCCUAUAUUGUGUACCACAGGUCCCCGGUGUCUAGGAGCUCUUGCAGAGCUCUGCCCAGCUCCCCAGCACAGUGAUGGACAGGGAGCAGCUUCCUGCAGUGAAGUCCUGGGGAAUGCUGCUGAAGAUGGAUGUAGUGGUCAGAUUUUGUCUGCACGUGUAUAUAUUCAGCCCUAAAGAACUGGGAUUGAUAGGGAGACUUUUUUUACUGUGAGGGUGACUGAGUGCAGGAGGCUGCCAGGAGAGCUUGUGGAGUCUCCCUUACUGGAGAUACUCCGAAUAUCUGGAUAUUGUCCUGGGCAGUUGUCCUCUUGUAGGUGACUGUGCUUGAGGGGAGAGGUUGGAUGAAGGCAUUAGUGUCUGCAGGGAGCACAAUUAACCACAGUAAUCUAAAAUCACGAAUUUUGUAUCAAGGUACAUGACACACCUCCUGCUCCAGUGCAGGCAUGUAAUUCUGCCGUUUAAUUUUUUUAAAUUGGUAUUUAGGGUUGUAUUUUUAAAAUAUGGUUGAUGAAAUGUUUCAACUAAGCUUUAUUUUUAAGUGAAAAAAUUCCAAGAAUGUUAUUUUGGGCAUAGAUUGAAAAAGCAGUAUCCAGGCUUAUCAGAUGUUAAUUUUAAAAAACUUGAGCAUAUCUGAACAUUGCAUAUACACAUCUGUUCCUCCAAAUCUGUUGAGAAAUAUAGGCACAUUCUUCUCUGUGCUUCAUAUUUGGAAAAAUGAUUUUGUGUUGGUUAGUUACCAGAACCUAAAAGGUUUAAAACCCUUCCUGGACAUAAAGUGAGGUGCCACAAGUGCACAACGGGAGUAGGCUAUUUUAUUUAUAUUGGUAUCUUGGACGGCCUUUAACCACGCUGCGUUCAUGAUACGGAAGGAUCAGGUAUAUUUGAUUGGUUUACAUUGGUUACAUGGUUUACAUUGUUUUUUUUUUUCUGCUGGAAUUGAAAAGAUUAUUUUACAACAAUGAUUAUUGGUAUUUUGUUUUACUCUUGGAUUUUACUCUUUGGAGCUGCCGAAUCUAGUCAGCAUACAAUUAACUUGCACUCCAGUCACUAGAUUAUAUUUGCUUUAUCUCUUCACACCAUGUAAAUUGUCAUUGACAAAGGGUGCACAGACAUAACUUCCAGGAAAACUGUUAUGUUAUGCAAUCUCUAAGACAUUAAGAGUAAUUUGUGUGUAGAUCCAUGGGAUCAAAAAGGAGGCCACUGGGGAUUCGUGGUUUUGAGGAAUGUAAGAGAAAGCUUUUACAGGUCUCUUGGUAUGGUAAAAACUUUGGCUUUUUGGAAUUUAACAAUGAAGUAUUCAGAAUGUAAAAUGUGUUUUUGUCAAAACCAAUGUGUGGAUGAAUUUAAAUAAACUAAUUACAGUGUAUCUUUUUUACUUUACAUAUCCAUUUGCAAAGAUUAGUGUUAGAGAUAGAAAUCCAUAAUUUAAUUGUUAAUCUGUUCUCUUUUGGUCUGUUCACCAAGCUUGCUAUAAAAAUAUAUUUAGACAUUCUAAGCUUGUACGUUAGUAGGUGCCAUUUUCUGAAUUUAAAAAUAGACUGCAUGUGUUGCAUAAAAUGCCUUUGGGCAGGAGAGGAGGGGGAUAUCUGUCUGGUUGACAUGGAACAUAAGAAAAAAUCUCAAGUAUGCUGGAGCUAAAUAUACUGAUAAGCAUGCAGCUAUGGGGGGAAAUGAGUUAAAAUGUAUUGAGUUUGGUCUGAUUAGCACAUUAAAUGCCAGCAAAACAUUCAUACCCAACCUGUUAUUUCAGAAAUAAUCGUCAUGUUGCUGUGAAGACAACUCGGCCCUCGUAGCAUGUGCAAACAAAGGAAAUAUUUCUUUGGAGCCAGGUUGCGCAGGGCGCCGCUGGUUUGCUCUUUGUUCUGCCAGUGUCUGCAGCGCUGGUGCAGAAAAUGGACGCUGCAAGGUUUAAAUAAACUUUAGAUGCUGUAGCCCUGCAAAGGUUUUGAACUGAUUCUUCUUUUUUAAAAAGUUAGUCUGAAGCAGAUGUAAAUGAGCACAGCUGGGCUUUUCCUGAUGGCUCAGGCUGAUACACCUUGGGAUGCGAGGCUGUUCUGCCUCCUUCACAUUAGUUCAUCGCAAGGAAAGGUGUGAGAUUUUUGCAGGUUUAAGAAUAAGAUCACUGCAGCAGGAGGUCCUUGUCGGAGGGGCAGGGUUGGCCUGUCUAUCCCUCUGUUGCUUCUGAGCUGGUGAGAUCUGUUGUGGCAAGCUAGUGGAAAAAUCCUAGGAGGAUUAUCAGAAAGGUAACAUGUUUUUCUGUCACUGUAAUUAAGCUGGUGAUAGAGUAGUAUUUUUCAAUUUAUAUAGGCUGUACAUUUUAAAAUCUCAUGGCAACAUAGUUUAAAACAAAGUGAUUCUCAGGCAGGAUGUCAAUAAUGCUCGCCCCAUUCAGGCAGAUGCCAGCUGGCUGUGCUAGGUGGGCUGCCCCGAGUGGGGGCUGCUGAAGGGAUGUGAGGCAGCAGCAAUGGCUGUGUGCAGACAGCUCCGUGGUGGCCAGGAGGGUGCUGGGAGCCCCAGGAUACUCGGGGCAGGUUUGCUGCCUGUCUGUGUGCUGAGCCCUGCAUAAUGGCAGAGGAGCUAUUGCUGCUGGUGCCCAGGAGGAAAUAUUUGUCAGGGCAGCAGAAAACAGAAAUUAGGAGUAGGAAGGCUUGAGGUCCUCCUAGGUAACUACUGACUAUGUGCAAGGGCCUUCUUCCAAGGCUGGAAUACACGUAUCUUAAAUCUAGUCUGGAACCUUUGAUAGGGACUUGGAGGAUAGAAGACAAACUCCUGUUGGCAAGACAUGUGGUGCCUGUAAAUACAGGCAUGGUUGGGUGUGAUUUCAUUGAAUUCACUGGAAUUGCAUCUACUGCUUUCAUGACUGGAUUUGACUUGGAGACUUCUUCAUAGUACUGCUAGAAUUUGAUUAUUGGGUUUGGAGGGUUUGCUGAUUUUAUUUUGUGACUUCUCUGACCUUGAGAGUUCUUUGUAUGACCCAGGAAGGAAGUUUGAAAACAAGCCCUUGGAUAAGCUCUCUAAAAUACUUCUGUCUGUCCAAGUCACUUUUAGGUUCUUUCACAUUUUUAGUAGGUUUCAAAUAGAAAAUCAUACAUUUUAUGUGAGAAGCCCUGUGAAAGGUUGGUUAGUGGCAUCAGUAAUAGUAAUCAAACAUAAUUCAUCUGACUGUCAUGUAAAGGAAGGUAAGGUAAGGUAGAGGGGGAAGAGUGCAAGUCACUUCAAAAGGCCUGCUCUGAAACUCAGCUCUCCUCUAAUCUGCCUUUCAAAUCUGGCUUCUCCUGCCCUCAUAUAGUGAAUCAACCUGACAUUUUAGCAAUUUUUGAAAGAAAAGGAGUGAGGUGUUUAGAAUGCAUCAAAGGGGUGAAGCAGAGAACAUCUGAAGAUCAUCUUUUGUCUGAUUGAUACCCUCUUCAUGGCAGAGGAGCAAAAGAAAGAGAUGCAUGGAAUCUCAUUUAGAAUUCAAAUCAGUGUGAAAGAAGUGCUGGAUCCAGAUGUACUUUUAAAGCUGUUAUUUCAUUUACCAGUCAAUUACCCAUCAACUCUACCGGAUAUUUCUGUUAACUCAGACCAGCUUACAAGGGCCCAGUGUAUGGAUGUGAGAGAGAAAUUACUUGAACAAGCACAGAAACAUCUUUCUGAGCCCAUGGUACACGAUCUGAUUCUUUGGGUACAGCAGCAUCUUAAAGAUGUCAUUAAGCAAUCAGCAACAGUUUGCAGUCAAAAAACUACUUUGUCAAAAGGAACAGAAGAUGGUAUCUGGAUGCUCCUUUUGCAUUUAGAUCACAUGAGAGCAAAGGCAAAAUAUGUGAAAACUGUGGAAAAAUGGGCUUCAAAUCUAAGGCUGACUGGAAGACUGAUGUUCAUGGGCAAGAUAAUAUUGAUUCUUCUUCAGGGUGACAGGAGCAGCAUUAAGGAGUACUUGAUUCUUCAGAAAACUUCUAAGGUAGAUGUGGACUCAAGUGGAAAGAAAUGCAAAGAGAAAAUGAUGAGAGUACUGUGUGAGACAGAACUACAGUCCCAGCAUAAAAGGUUUCUGAUGUUUGAAGUCAAAGAAUAUUCAGCACCAGAGGAGCUACAAAAGGAAUUUGAAACUGCAGGACUUACAACUCUUUUCUCUGAGUUUGUGCCUCCUCUCUUAAAAUAAAAUUAAAAGAAACCACUGGACCUUUGACCAAAGCAGUAGUGGACUGCAGAUGCUGAUGGAAAAUGAAAGGACUAAUGUGGCAAAACAGCCUUGAAGCUUUUUGGCAAGAAAUACUAGUAGUAGUCAUCCUUUUGCAAGAAGAAGGCAAUUAAUACAUUAAGAACUGAUAAUUUUUUGACAUUUAUGUCAAAAAACAAUAUGAUGUUGAUUGUUAUAAUUGCAUGGUAAGCAUGAGAGAUUGGGAAGAAAUAAUGCUAAAAAAAUAAUCUUCUAGUCAGACUCUGUUUUUCAGUGCUUGUUUUUCAAUGCUCUGUCUCUUCUCUCUCGUGGUAGAAUUUCUCAAUAAUGGCCUGUUAGAACACAUGAUUAAUUUUGCUUUGGAAGACUAUAUGAAGACAUUUCCAUAAAAAACAUAGCAAACACACAUUUAAAUAUGUGAGGACAGCAUAUACUUAAUGUCCCUUAGGAGUUCAUAUGCUAAUUUUUCAUUCUCACUUUAAUUGACUACAAAUACUAGAGGGUUGAUUUGAAGAAAAAGCUUAUGUCACUUGAGGCCUGGAAAAAACUUAGUGUCUUUUUGAAUAUUAGAUUUCAUUCUGAAAUUUAUAAAAACACCCACGUGGAGUAUUUAAAUUGAUAAAAAGCUGAGGUAGAGCCAAUUGUAAUAUUUUUUUUGAUAGGUUACAGAUGUCUUUUUAUACUUUAUAUGGUUUUACUGUUUGUGCAGCUUCAGAAUCUUGAUUCAAUUAAACUGUUGAAGCAGUAUAUAUACAGACUUCAGUCUUCCAUCUUUCAAAGCUUCUGCCAAGUUGUUUUUUUUUUUGGUUUUUUUUUGUUUUUUUGAAUUGGUCACUGACCUUGGCCAACCUGUAAUUUUUUUUUUAUCAGUAGUUUGUGUUCUAUGUCUGUAUAAUGUUACAAAUUAUAUUAAUAAUUUUAUGAAUUGUGCAAGUUCUCUUUACCUAGGGAGGAUUGGAUACUUAUUUAUGGCUAUUAUUAAUGUGUGUCUUUUGGUUUCUAUUUUACCUGAAAACAUUCUCUAACAAGACUAGAUAAAUUAUCCAGUAAUAAAAAUUUAGCAGUCAUGAUUUUCUUAGUAGCUAGCACUGCCAUUUGCCAUUUCAAUUGGCUUUAGCAUGUAGCUAAACAUGUGCUUUACUGCUCUCUAAAAUUCAGUCUCAGAAGCCAAAUGUCUCAUAUAUUCUGUAAUUAAACAGAUUUGAUCAAUUCAGUAUAAACUAAUUUCCAUUGUUCUGGGGGAAGACUAGUACUAUUUGUUAUAGUUCUGAAAGUGGAGUUUGGCAUGUCAUUAUGUAAGAUCUGAUUUCCUGUUUCAUGCUCAGACCAUGAGAUCAUACUACUUCCUUUAUAUAUUCUAGAAAAGCAACUAAAGCAGACUGGGAAGAUUUUUAUGUUUUACUGUUUGAGAUAUCAAAUGCAUAAAGGGUUCUGUAUUGUUUGAAAGUCUCUGAAGUUUUUCAGGAGUUUGGUGAUUUUCCUAAUAGAGAGUGUCUCAGAUAUGUAUGUUGCAUGUUAUUUUAUCCACUGAUGCAGAUUUACUGAGAUAGUAGCAAAGUUCUUCUUAGUGAGUAUUUAAUGUUUACCACAUACAGUACUUCAGGCUCAGUAGAACAGAGACUGGGUUGAACAGGUUUUACAAAUCUGUUCUAUAUUAUUUUGAAAUUGCUUCCUGAGGGACAGGGAAUCUAAUUUUCUAUCAUUUUAAGUGCAUGUGAAGAUGAAUCCUUACUUUUACAAAGAAGAAUAAAACAGAAGUAUCUUUACAAUAUUAAAAUAACAUGUAUUUUAAAUUACAGUUUCCAGAGUCGAGCUGUUCUCAGGUGUUGAAAAAUUAUGUGUCAGUGCAGUAUGAAGUUUCAAAAAGCUGCAGAGGGUCUCUCCUUUUACUGUGUGACAGAUCUGACAAAUAUCAAACUCAAGAAAAGGCCUAUGCAUGUACAGCAUAAGAAAACAUAAUCAGUAUCUCUCUGAUAUAAAACUAAAUGUUGUUAAGAUUUUGCCAGAUGCAUUGUAAAUCUGCUGAUUUUAGGAAUUGGGUUGAAUGGCAUUACCUACUCUUGUGAUCUCAAAAUGUGUGUGACUUCAAAAAUAAUUAAGCCGUAAGUUGUUGUGAUCAUCUUUCUUGCAAGAUUAGAUGCAGACUUACUAAUGUUUUCCUCUUUACUGGAAAAGCCAUUUGUGGUGUCAGUGGCUGCCAGUUGCACUUGAAUAUAAACCCAUGUAUUUUUUUGAGUUUUACUGCCUGAUGCCUUCUUGGUCAACUGUUUGGCCAGAGCUGGCAUUACAACAGCCAAUUAAAAAGCAAAAGUGAUAAUUGGGUAAGUUGCAGCUCUCUCCUGAUGUGUGCUUAUCUUCCUGCCAAAUGAAGUAGUAAGAAGCUGGAUGAUUUCUGUGUUUCAGGAGAUGGAAAAUGCAGUUUUUACAAUGGAUUUUUACCAUAGUUGAAUUUGUUAUUCACUAGCUCACACUGGACAAAUCCACAAGUUCGCUAUAGGAAAGGACUACAGUUUAUAGCUUGGUUUGAUGUGCUUCAGGACAAUUACAAAUCUGAUCAGCUUGAUACAGUUCAGACAGCAGAGAACAUGAGAACUGAUGUCAGUCUGAUUCUGUUAAAGCAAAUGCUUUUGCCUACCUAUCAGUCAGUCACUUUGAAGGGUAGGAGCAUAUCUUCUGUUCAGACAAGUAAACAGUAUUUUUAAAGGCUGUUCUUCUGGAAGGAUGUUGCAGCUGUCUGUUAAACUGAUGCUUUGUUUGCAUUCAUUGUAAAAAGAGAUGAGCUAGCCUGUGAGCCUCUGGGGCACAAAAGUCAUCAGAAUGGGUUCUGUGGUGCAUGCUCUGCCUUCCAAGGGAGCUGGGGCAGACACAGAAGAACAAAAUGCACAGAUACAGAAGAACAAGAAGCAAGGAAAAAAUGCAUGAGUGUGUGAAAAGUUAGUGAAGUGUAUGUAACUGUUGGAAUCUGACAAUGCAGUUGCAAGGAAGAAGAAAUCCACAAAUUAAAGGUGAUUUAACAAAUUAGAAGUUAGCUUUCUUGUGGCUGUGGUGUUAUAAACAGUUCUUCAAACAGCAUAGUCAGUAAAGCCUUGUUUCCUGUGGCCUUGCUAGUUUCUAAGCUAUAGCACACAUGAAGCCUUCCCUGCAGGAGAUGAAUUCCUGAUGGUGUUCUCCAGGUGGGUUCCCCUGUGCCUGGUAUUGAUUGUGCAUAAAUUGAUCAUUUCUUGUGUAAAUCUUUUAAGUAUGAAUAGCAUUUUUUCACCUGUUACCUUCUUCAUCAAAGUCAUAGGUACUUGGUUUCUUUCAUGUUGUUAACCUCUCAUUUUAAUCGAAAUGACUCGUAUUCAAAAGUUCUAGGAAAACUUUAUAGUAUAAAUAUGCUUGCUUCUGUAUGGACAGCACAGAUCUAUAAUCAUAGUUUUCUUUAAAAAUCAGGCUAAAAUGAAAGAUGCUGCAAUAGGAAUGACAGCUUGAAGAAUCAAGUUUUUUAGGACAAAACUGAGAUUUGAUUGGUCUUUUUGAAUACCUUGGCUUAUUAAGUAUGAAGAAAACAAAAAAUAGGUUGAGAAAACAAGAAGGAUCCAGAGGAGGGAGAUAAAUGGAGGACAUCAUCAGUAUUGGGAAUUCACCUGGUUUUCAUACUUAGUAGGUCUUCCCUCCACCACCUCUGAAUUUGUAAUUUGAUGUUACGGAGAGGAUAGGACACUGUAAGAUCUCAUAUAUGAAAAUCGUUGACACAAUCAAAAAUAAAUGAAAAUAGAUUUGAUUGUUUUGUGAAUAAGGCUGAUUUUUGUGGUUUUGUAGUUACAUCUCGUUUUCCUGUAAUAAGAGCAUUUGUCUCUUCUGGUGCGAAUGGCCCACAAAAUCCACAGAGAUGAGUAUAAAUUAUAUGCAGAGGUACUGUAAUGAGCCUUAAGAAACUUCAUAGUGGAAAAAAUAUUUUGUUUACAUUGUUUCUUCUAAAAAUAGUUUAAUAAACCCUACAUAUGGAUGA